UUUCUUGAAUGCAUUGGUAUUUGGUAUGCCAAUGCCAGAAUAGAGAGAAAAAAAAAAAAUAAAAAAAUACACGCCAUUCUCCGGCAUCCAUAUAUAUGAAUAUACACACAUAAAACUAUUAUUAUUAUAAUAAUAAUACUUGUAUAUUUUUUGGUGAUUGUUUAACUCUAUGUAAUAAAAGUGCUGCUGAUAAAAAAAUAAGAAGCAUUGAUUUGAUAUCAGAUAAAACAUACAAAAAUAACAACAACAACAAUAAUAAUGAGCAGCCGAGGAAGAGGUUUUAAUUCUCGAGGAGGCGGAAGUUCUUACAGAGGACGAGGUGGUGGUGGUGGUAGUGAUUGGAGCAGUGGUAAUGGUGGCAGUAGUAAUGUCAGCAGAGGUGGUUACUCAUCAUCUAGAGGAGGUGGAAGAUUCAAGUAUUCAACACCCAGCUAUGAUUCUCGCAAUAAAUACAAUUCAAGUGGCGGUGGUGGUAGUAGCUCAGAUCGUUACUCUAGUCGAGGAGGUCGUGGUGAUCAUUCAAAUAAUUACAAACGACAACGUGAUUCAUAUUCGAGUCGUGAUGAUCAUCGUUCAUCCAGUGAAACAAAUAGAAAACGUGUUCGAAAUGACUCUUAUCAGGGUGAAGGCAACAGUUCGCAGCGGUAUUCAUCAUCUUAUGGUGGUGGUGGAGGAGGUGGAGGAGGUGGAGGUGGAUCAGGUGGUGGCUCAUCAGCUACAUACAACAAUGACAACAAUAAAAGAUCAACAUCAUCAUCAACAGCUUACGAUGAUAAAAGACAAUCUGAUAGACAAUCAUCGUCUUAUCAUCGUUCUGAUGAUCGUCAUUCUUCAUCAUCGAGAAAUUAUGCUGCUCCACCACCACCACCACCAAGAAUAAGUGAUAUGGCACCACCAAGCCAACGUUACAACAAUUCAACACGUGGAAGAGUAUCACAUCAAAAUAAUAAUUAUCGAGGACGAUUAUCAUCACGUGGUGGUCGUGGACCAAAUUUCCGUACAUCACGUGCUGAUGCUCUUCUUGCACGUAAACGUAAUAUCAAUUCAAAUAUUGAUUAUCGUCGUAAAUUAUUAACAUCACGAUCACGUGAUUAUAUACAAAGAAUUCGCAUGACUACGGGAAAAAUAAGAAGAAGUGGUGGCGGAUCAAGAAUAUCUGGUAGUAAAAAAGAUUCUAGUGGUACUGGAUCCAGUAGUAAAGAUAAAGACAGAGAUUUGGCCAAGGUUAUUAAUGCUGAAUUUACAGAUGAUGAUGAUGAAGAAGAUAAAGAUGCUGAAGAUCAUUGGAAUGAUAAUGAUGAUGAUGACGAUGAUGAUGAUAGACAAAAGACACCAGCUAGCAAAGAUAAUAAUAAUGAUGAUGAUGAUGAUGAAGAAGACGAUGAUGAUGAUGACAAUGAAAAUCAAGAUAAAAAAUCAAAAGAAGACAAGAGAAAAAAAGAUAAAUUAGAUCGUCCAAGUAUCAAAGAAGAAAAUAAUGAUGAUGAUGAUGAUGAUGAAAAAGAUGAAGAAACAAUGAAAGAUGAUGAUGAUGACGACGAUGAUGAUCAAGUUAAAAAAAGGGUUGUGGAAGAUGAUGAUGAAGAAGAAGAACAACAACAUCAUCGUGAUAGAGAAACAAAUGAGGAUAAUGAAAAAGAUGAACGUAAAGAAUCUGAUGAUAUUACAAAUAGACGUGAAAACAACAACAACAACAACAACAACAAGAGAUUUAUUAAAUUGCAAUGUCCUCAUUGUAGUAAUCGUAGUUCAAGAUUUAAAGAGUAUUCUCUUCAUUUAUUUACGGCACGUCAUAAAACAGCAAUGAGACGUGUUGCUGCACGUUACAAGUCAACUCUUGCACGAAUGCGUGUUUUACAACGUCAAGAACAAGGAAAACUUGAAGCUCGUGAAUCAUCUCAUGGCAAUUUACCAUCUCGUACAAUGUUUUGUCAAAUUUGCAAGCUUAAUUAUCGUUCACUCAAAGCACAACAUCAUCGUUCAGAUGCACAUCGUCGUAUGAAACGUCUUCUUACACCAUUUUGUCGUACUUGUCGUAUACAAUUUCGUUCAUAUAUGCCAUAUGAAACACAUAUUGCAAGUCUUGAUCAUAUUAAAAGAAAAAAUUCAAAUGACGAUAGAAUUAAUGGUGGUGGUAAAAAUGAUGAUGGUAGUGCUAGUCCAGCUGGUAGUAAUCAUGGUGGUGGUGGUGGUGGUGAUAAUUCAAGUGGACAAGAAGAUGAUGAUGAUGAUGACAAAGAAGUUGAUUUAAAUAAUUUUAUGACUUUGGAUUCAGUUGGUGAUGUUGAUGCUGAAGAUGCUGAUGGUAAUAAUAGUGAUAGUCUUGUUGAAAAAAAGAAAAGAGAAAAAUCUGAAGGUGAUUUAUCAACAAUGCCAGAUAAUGAAAGACGACACAAAACAAAACAAAUGAUCAAAGUAGGCUCUGAAUAUAUCAAAAUUAUUGAAGUACAAUAUUGUGAAUUGUGUAAAAUGCAUUUACAACGUAAUGACAAUGCUGAAAGAGCAAUUGCAAUGCAUUGUUCAUUAAGAAGUCAUUUAAAACGUUAUGUUCGUAAUAAUGAUGAUAAAGCAUUACGUCGUCAAGCUGAAAGAAUUCAUUUACAAACAUCAUCAUCAUCAUCAUCAUCUGCAAAUAACAACAACAACAACAACAACACUAAUAAUAGUAAUAACAAUAAUAAUGAUAAUGACAAUGAAAAUAAUGAUAAUAAUAAUAUAUCAUCAUCAUCAACAACUACAACUACAACUACAACAACUGCAGCAACAGCAGAAGCAGAAGCAGAAGGAGAAUCAGUAACAACACCAGAAACAACAACAACAACAACAGCAGCUGCAACAACAACUACAACAACAGCAGUUGCAACUGCUGCAACAACAACCACAACAACAACAACAACAACAUUAGUAGAAGCAGCAAAUUCAUCAAGUCCAAUGGAUACAGAUAAUGCAACAUCUGAUAUUGAUCAACAAGAAUCAAGUAAAUUGACAACAAAUGAUGUUGAAAAAAACAUUGAAUCAUCUCAAAUAAAUGAAUCACAAUCAAACAAUGAUUUAUUAAAUACAAGUAGUGGUAGCAUUGAUAAUAAUGAUCAAAAUAAAACAAUAAUUGACGGUGAAAUGGAAGCUGAAAUGUGGGAUGAAGUUGGUAAACUAAAUGACAUACUGCCACAUGGUGAUAAUGAGCUUGAACAUGGUAAAUCAAGUGAUGAUGAGGAUUCACGAUAUGAUAGAUUCCGCAAUUCAGAUAAAAAAAAACAAGCUAUAUUGUUGAACAAGGAAAAAAAAAAUGAACAAUCUGACAUGGAUACAAGUUCAAAUAAGCCAGAUAUUAAAAUUAAAAUUGAAAGAACCGACAAGUAAACAUGUUGGAAAUUCUUAAUUUUCAUGUUUUUUUUUUCUUCUUCUUGAAUUAAUUUCAUGAUGUGUUGUGUCUAAAUGCAAUUAAAAUAAAAAUAUAAAUAACUAUAAUAAAAUGAAUACUCGCAUACUACAAUCAGUACAAUGUAUAAUGAUGAGUAACAAAUUUUUAAAAACAUUUAUCGUAAUAAUAAAAUAAUAAAAUAAUAAUAUAAAAUGAGCAUUGACAUUUAGCUAAAUAAAAAUUAAUCAUUCAUUAAUAAUGAGGCCAAAUUGACAUUGUUUGUUUGUUUGUUUUUUUAUAUCAUUAUUAUGUCAAUAUAUUAUUGAUUUGAAAAAAAAAAACAAUUGUGUUUGUAGUUUUUUUUUUUUUUUUUUUUCUUCAGAUAAUUGACAAAUAUUGAUUGAUGAAAAAAUAAAAUUGUAGCUAUGUUGAUCAACUAUAAUUAAGUAAAUUUUACCAUGAAACAGAUGAUGUAUGUCACUAUUGAAACAUAGUAAUUUUAGAUGAAAAAAAAAAUAUUUUAAGUUUUCAUUAUACAUGAUGAUUUUUUGAUGAUACAUAAAAUUGCACAAAAUGCAAAUUAUACUAAUUGUAAUUAAUAAUAAUAAUAAUAAUAAUAAUAAAAACCAACUAUUGCAAAAUAAA